CAUUAUUCCAUUUAGUGUACAUGCUCCGUUUUGUGGUUAGGCAGCAACCGUAGCAAAGGGGGUUGGGUUGAUCACCCGUUCUUUCAGUUAAAGGAUAAAGGCAUACCGUGCACGGGUCAUAUUUAUAAAUACGGAUUUUAUUUUGAAAGUUAUAACAGGAAGUUUGUAUUUUAUUUGGGCAGGCUCGGCCGUCAAGCCUCUCGAGCUGGAAGCCAAUCACAGUGCAACGAACGAACAGUUUCGUCUCAGUCAUUGGCUGGGUGAAGGACGUCGAAGUCGUCUUUUGUGUUUUUUCCAGUUCAUAUCAAAGAGGUGUAUGAUGCUGGUGUUGCAGUUGCUGAGGGGUGCAGUGAAGCAUGCUGGGAGCAGGCCCCAGUGCAGUGUUGAGCAAUUGAUCUCAGCAGUACGUGGUAUCAGCUCAUCCUCACAACAGUUAUGUGCUUUUGGGAGAACUCAUCCCUCAUCCUGCAUUGAUACUGACCACCCCAAAGUCCUCAUCACUGGAGGGCUUGGACAGCUAGGGGUGGGGCUUGCCAAGUUGCUGAGACGAUUUGGAAAAAACAACGUUAUCCUGUCUGACAUUAAGAAACCCCCCUACGAUGUCUACCAUAAUGGUCCAUUCAUCUUCUCAGACAUCCUGGACUAUAAGAACCUCAGGGAGAUUGUGGUCAACAACAACAUCAGCUGGCUGGUUCACUACUCAGCUGUACUGUCCGCUAUAGGAGAGAACAACGUCGCACUGGCCAAAGAAGUCAACAUCACGGGUCUCCAUAACAUACUAGACAUAGCAACCGAACAUGGUCUGCGUGUGUUUGUCCCCAGCACCAUCGGUGCCUUCGGUCCAUCCUCACCCAGGGACCCCACCCCUGAGCUGUGUGUGCAGAGACCGCGGACCAUCUACGGUGUCUCCAAGGUCCACGCAGAGCUGAUGGGUGAGUACUACCACCACAGGUAUGGGCUGGAUUUCCGUUGUCUCAGGUAUCCAGGCAUCAUCUCAGCUGACUCCCAGCCUGGAGGGGGAACCACAGACUAUGCUGUCCAGAUCUUCCAUGCAGCUGUGAAGACCGGCCAUUUUGAGUGCAACCUGCGCUGUGACACACGGCUUCCUAUGAUGUACAUUGAUGACUGUCUCAGGGCUACUCUAGAGUUCCUGGAGGCUCAGGCAGACACACUGCUCAGCCGCACCUACAAUAUCAACGCUAUGAGCUUUACACCACAUGACCUCACCCAGGAGAUACAGAAAGUGCUGCCUGACCUCAAGGUCACCUAUAAUGUGGAUCCAGUGCGGCAGGCUAUAGCGGACGGCUGGCCAAUGGCAUUAGAGGACAGCGCAGCGAGGCGGGACUGGGGCUGGAAGCACGAGUAUGAACUCCCAGAGUUGGUGCAGUCCAUGCUGACUCACAUCACUAUGGGCAACCAGCUGGCACAAGCCUACUGAGCCGUUUGUAGCCUUUUUGUAGCAACUCCAUACAAAGUUUUAUUUGAAAUGAUGUGACAUUGAGGCUUUAAGAGCAUUUUUAACCUUCACUAUAACACUUUCAAGUUUCAGUUAUGUCUUAACAAAAUCACCAAGUCUUACCUAAAAUCUUAAACUAAUAAAUAAAAAAAAACGUCAGACAGGGAUUAGGAUUGAGAUCAGUCAAAUAAAUACUACCAAUUUGACAAUGAAUCAAAUAUAUAAACCUCAAUAUUAGAGGCAUCAAAACAUUCCAGACCACUCAAUAUGGUAUUUUGAUUAGAUUUGUGAUUUUGCACCCAUCUCCAUUUCUCACCAUGCUCCACUCCCUCCUCAUUUGUCCAUCUCCUCCCUCUUUUUUCUCUUUGUUGUUGUCCAUCCAUCCAGCUUUUGCAUGAAACCAAUGUUGUGCUUAAUGUGCUGCAAGCUCAUGCUGGAUACUGUCACUAAGUUACUGAACUUUUAAGAGAGUUAAGUUCUCUAUCUGAAUGUACUGUAUGUAUGUAUGUAUGUAUGUAUUUAUGUCAUGUUGUAUCUGUAAGUACACAGAUGACUUUGCCAGCCUACUGUAUAUGCAUCUGUCAUCUGCUUGCCUUAGGGGCACUUCUGCCAUCCUGAAAACCAGUUGGCUGUGAGUAAGAGCUGCACUCCAACUGGUCACCGAUAUGUACUGUAACCAUAAACACUGAAAGGCUUUACCUCGGGUGCUGUUACUAUAGAAACUGGUAACCCUAGCUAGUGGCACUGUAGGGAUAGUUAACAGGUACUUUAACUGCCUGAUAGUUUCCUUAUGUGAUAGUUUCAAAAAAGGGAAACCUAGCAGGCCUUAAAAUAAGUGUUUGAGUUAAAGAAGAAUCACUUCUAAAAGGUACUUGACCUUUGAACUAGGUGCUUUUAGUAUUUUUGUUAUUUCAUUUCUAUUUGAAUUCUUUUUAUUGUUGCUUUCUGUUUAGAAGCUGCAGUCUUGGUGCUAAAUAUUUAUGAAUGUUGAAUAAGUUAAUGCAGGAAAAUGGAGCUCUUCAGUUUUGGAGCUGUACUUUAAAGACUUUGCUUUGUGAAAGAGAUGUGUAGAAUGAAGGUAAUGGGUAUUAGAGCUCAAAUAGUUUUUUUUAAUAUUUAUGUUAUUUAUGAUGCUAUUCUUUGCAGCUUUUCCUGUUAAAUCAAAAGGAUGACUUUAAAAAAUAUAUACUUGUAUGAAACCA